AUGGGGGAUGCGUGUUUCUCAACACAGCUAAUUGAUGGAGAUGGGGCCUUCAACGUCUCCGGAUUGGAGAACUUCAUGAAGGAUGUCAGAUUGGGUGAAUGCGGGCUCUCCUAUGCUGUUGUAUCAAUAAUGGGCCCGCAAAGUAGUGGGAAAAGUACACUUUUGAAUCAUCUUUUUGGCACCAAUUUUAGGGAGAUGGAUGCCUUCAGAGGAAGGUCACAGACUACCAAAGGUAUAUGGUUAGCGAAGGCCCAGAAUAUUGAACCGUGCACCCUUGUAAUGGAUUUGGAAGGAACUGAUGGAAGAGAGAGGGGAGAGGAUGACACAGCAUUUGAGAAGCAAAGUGCAUUGUUUGCUUUGGCCGUUUCGGACAUUGUGUUGAUUAAUAUGUGGUGCCAUGACAUUGGCAGAGAACAGGCUGCAAACAAGCCUCUUUUGAAGACUGUUUUCCAGGUUAUGAUGAGGUUGUUCAGUCCGCGCAAAACAACAUUGUUGUUUGUUAUUCGUGACAAAUCAAGGACACCCUUAGAAAAUCUUGAACCAAUUCUAAGGGAAGACAUUCAGAAGAUAUGGGAUGCUGUUCCGAAACCCCAUGCCCAUAAAGAAACUCCACUUAGUGAAUUUUUCGAUGUACAAGUUGUGGCACUGUCGAGUUAUGAAGAAAAAGAAGAGUUAUUCAAACAGCAGGUUUCUGAUUUAAGAGAUAGGUUUCAGCAUUCUAUUGCUCCUGGUGGACUUGCUGGGGAUCGUCGUGGUGUCGUCCCAGGUUCAGGUUUCUCGUUUAGUUCCCAGCAAUUUUGGAAAGUCAUUAAGGAGAACAAAGACCUUGAUCUGCCUGCUCAUAAAGUUAUGGUGGCUACUGUACGUUGUGAGGAAAUUGGUAAUGGGAAACUUGCCAGUUUUACAGCUGAUGAGGAAUGGCAACAAUUUGAGGAGGCUGUUCAACAUGACUUUAUUCCUGGCUUUGGGAAGAAGCUCAGCAGCCUUCUUGAUAGAUGUUUAUCAGAGUAUGACAUGGAGGCUAUUUAUUUUGAUGAAGGUGUUAGAAGCUCUAAAAGACAACAACUUGAGUCUAAACUCUUACAGCUUGUCAAUCCUGCCUAUCAAUCUCUUCUAGGUCACUUACGUACUAGAACUUUAGAAGCAUUUAAGGAGUUCUUUGACAAGGCCCUAGAAAAGGAGGGGUUUGCUGUUGCAACUCGCAAUUGUACUCAAACUUUCUUGGAGAAGUUUGAAAAAGGAUCUGAAGAUGCUGCUAUUCAACAAGUGAAUUGGGACACCUCAAAAGUGAAGGAUAAGCUUAGACGUGACAUUGAGGCUCAUGUAGCUUCAGUUCGAGCUACUAAAUUAUCUGAACUUCGUGCCAAAUAUGAGGCACAACUUACCAAAGCUCUGGCGGAACCAGUUGAAUCUCUUCUAGAUUCAGCCAGUGAAGAUACGUGGCCAGCUAUUAGAAAGCUUCUUCAACGCGAGACAAAAACUGCUGUUUCAGGUCUUGAAUCUGCUGUGUCAGCUUUUGAACUCGAUGAAGCAACUGAGAAAGAACUGCUUGCGAAGCUGGAGAAGCAUGGAAGGAGUGUUGUUGAGUCAAAGGCAAAAGAAGAAGCUGGAAGGGUUUUGAUUCGCAUGAAGGACAGGUUCUCAACACUGUUCAGCCGAGAUGCUGACUCUAUGCCCAGGGUGUGGACAGGAAAGGAGGACAUAAAAGCUAUAACUAAAACCGCUCGCUCAGCUUCCAUGAAGUUGCUUUCUACAAUAGCUGCAAUUCGGUUGGAGGAGGAUGGUGAUAACAUUGAGAACACUCUCUCCGUUGCUCUUGUUGACACUUCAAAACCUGGGACUACAGAUAGGAGUAUCCAAUUGUCCGAUCCACUUGCCUCCAGCUCAUGGGAAAGGGUUGCCGAGGAGAAGACUUUAAUUACCCCUGUGCAGUGCAAAAAUUUGUGGAGGCAAUUCAAAGCUGAAACUGAAUAUACAGUCACUCAAGCCAUUGCUGCUCAGGAAGCAAAUAGGAGGAACAACAACUGGCUGCCACCUCCAUGGGCACUUGCUGCAAUGGCUAUCCUUGGAUUCAAUGAGUUUAUGACAUUACUGAGGAAUCCGCUUUACCUGUUUGCCAUAUUUGUGAUUUAUCUUGUUGGAAAAGCCAUUUGGGUGCAGUCAGAAAUUGGCAGGGAAUUCCAACACGGAUUUCUUCCUGCCAUCCUUUCACUGUCGACGAAAUUUGUUCCCACUGUAAUGAACAUCCUGAAGAGAUUAGCUGACGAAGGUCAAGAACCUGCAGCAGCCCCAGAGAGGCAUAGAGAGCUGGAGCUCCAACCAAAAUCCACCAGGAACGGUUCUUCAUACAGCAAUGUGACAUCGGCAGGGUCAUCCAGCGUAACGACUUCGGAGAUUGGACCUGAAUAUUCAAGCCUGGUGGCGCAAUGA